GUGUUAGUGAAGUGCUCUGGACCGGCAGUGAAUGUCACUUUACCGAGGCCACUUGACUACGAUUACCUGACAAAGAAGAACUUAAUUUCAGUGGUUAUCUCGUUAUUGCAUACUGUUCGACCCGUUUCUAUUUGAAUACUUGUAAACACUAUGGAACCUAACAAUUCUCAAGGGAAUGAGACAAGAUCGGAACAAUCAGGCGAUAAAGAUUCAGACAGCGAAUCAAAAUAUCUUCAAGAGAGAAUAAAAAAAGUUGAAGUAAAACCACCCUCGUCGCCGACGAGUCUUUUGGCCCGAAAUGCUGUACUCUUACCUAGUGGAGUCGCCAAGGUGAAGCAACUGGAAGUCAAUGAAAAUCUUGCACCUUCAACAAGCAUCUCCACAGGUUCAGCGACAGAUGCCCCGGUGUUGUGGGGCACCAGCUAUUUCAGCAAUGGACGAGGAUGGCCGCGGCCUCCGGGUCCAAGAUGGAAAUCCAAGAAACAAGACUGCACUAGCGCCAGGACAUAGUCUAAUGGAUUGGAUUAGGCUUGGUUCUUCUGGAGUUGACCUUACUGGAGUUGGUGGUGUUCCCCGAAUAGUAACUACAGCUGAACUAGCCAAGCACGAUAAGAGAACGGAUGCUUGGAUUGCAAUUCGAGGAAUUGUUUAUAACGUUACAAGAUAUAUGGAUUUUCAUCCAGGUGGUAUUCCUGAACUGAUGAAAGGUGUAGGAAAGGACGCGACUAAACUAUUUGAAAACGUACACGCCUGGGUAAAUUAUCAAAGCAUAUUACAAAAGUGUGUUGUGGGUAGAUUAAGUAAAUUGUCGAGCGGAAGCACUGAGAAAAAUUUAAAUAGCAAAUCGGUUGGCACGUCCAACACGUCUUCUGGUCUUCUAUCGAGUUGUACCAAAAAAAAUGAGGAGAGUCCAGCGAAGAAUUCAUCAAUUGUGAAAAUGGAUUGGCAGCAAACGAGUCAAUCGAUUACUUUUUCUUACCAUAUUGCUACAGGAUAUCACGCCGUUGGAUAUCAAUUGACACGAUUAAGCGAGAGGAAAUUUCGUUUGAUUCUUUCAUUUGAUAAAGAUAUUGUAACGCACGAGUUGGAAUUGAAUGAAGAUGUUAAUUGGCCUCCAAGAUGGUCACGGAAUUUUGAAACAAUGGAUGUUGAUUUUACUUUUACAAAAAAGAAAGGAGCUACAUGGAAAACGUAUGGAUCCUGUAUAUUACUAAGCGAACCAAAGACUAAACAGCGUAGUUACAAGGAUUAUGAGGUGAUCAGUAAUACAUCUUUGUGCGAAAAUGUAAAUCUUUUAGUACUUAGAGCCAAUGAUUAUUUGGAAUUGGUACCCGUUGGUCAUCACGUUGAAGCCAAAAUGCUAGUAAUGGGAAUGGAAGUCUCAAGGAGGUACACACCAGUACCGCCGUGCCUUCAUCCAGAGGACAUGGCACCUGGCUAUGAAAGUGAUUCUUUGUGUUUGAUUGUUAAACGUUAUCCCGAUGGUGCCCUUAGUCCGUCCAUUACGUCCUUAAAGAAGAGUCAAACCCUGACACUAAGCCACGCACUUGGAACAUUCGUUGUUGAGAAUUUCGAUGAAUUUUCAACCAUUCAUAUGCUGGCUGCUGGUACAGGGCUAACAGCUAUGUUGAGCAUAAUUCAACGUGCUCUAGGUCGACGUAACGUCACGAGGAUGAACCUGGUAUGCUUCAACAGAAACCAAGCAAAUAUUUUCUAUUCCAAACAAUUGAAACGUGUGAGUAACACUUCUAGAUUAAAGGUGACUCAUGUUCUUUCGCAACCGGAUGAGUCCUGGGCCGGCAGACGUGGUACAGUAUCACAUGAAUUGCUCAAAGACCUCAUUGGUGAGUUAUCCAGCCAGGGAUGUGUUUUCAUUUGUGGUCCAGAACCUUUUCUAAAAGCCACAAGGGAAGAGUUACAAAAACUCGGCUGGAAAAAAUCGCAAAUUCAUGAAUUUGACGAUUAAUGACGAAAUGUCCUACAGAUGGUAAUGAUAUCAUCGAGUCUCUGCAAACUUAUUGACGUUCUUGUUAGUCAUGUCAAGAAAAUAAGCAGAGAAACAAUGUGGGAACAUAAACGUACAACUGUUGUACAAUUAAAAUUGUGGAUACAAGGGAAUGGUAGUCUUAUUGAAUUCCGUCUGUGAUGUCAUAGUGAAGUCCCCCUGGAACUUUUACAAGGCCUAUUUAAUUUCGGCAUGAAAGUAUGAGAAUAUUUAUGCAACGUUAAUUUCAUGUUGUCGUCACUGCUACAUUUUUCCUACAAUACUUUUUGAAUCACUGGCAUUUAAAGAUAACUUAUUGUCCAUAUAUUUGGGACAAUUAAAUUAUUUACUGUAAAUAAAUUGUACGUAUACAUAAAUAUAUUUCUAUGUACACAGGCUA